UUUGCAUUUGCCUCGCAGCUCCAACAUGCUGGCUUCGUCGUCCAAGAUGGCUCUGCGCCGCCACGCCGCCGCCUUGACCGCGGCCGCGCCCAUGCAGAAGCGCACGAUCGUCUAUGGCCCGCUCUACAAGGUGGCCAAGAAGAUGAUGCCCCGCAUGUCCAACACGGAGAAGGCGGCGCUCGAGUCGGGCACUGUCGGCUUUGACCGCGAUAUCUUCACGGGCAGCCCAAGCCUCAAGGCCCUCGACAAGUACUCGGCCAAGCUCACGCCUGAGGAGCAGUCGUUCAUGGACAACGAGGUGCAGCAGCUCUGCGAGAUGCUCGACGACACGCAGAUCUUCCGCGACGGCGAUCUCCCGCUCGAGGCGUGGAAGUUCAUCAAGGAGAAGGGCUUCCUUGGCAUGAUCAUCCCCAAGAGCUACGGCGGCAAGCAAUUUACGGCCCACGGCCACUCGAUGGUCAUCACCAAGAUUGCGUCGCGCUCGGCGCCUGCCGCCGUCACGGUGUGCGUGCCCAACUCGCUUGGCCCUGCUGAGCUCCUCCUCCGCUACGGCACGGAUGAGCAGAAGAACGCGUACCUGCCGGCCCUUGCGGAAGGCAAGCACCUCCCGUGCUUUGGCCUGACUGGCCCGUCCUCGGGCUCGGACGCUGCCAACAUGCGCGACACGGGCGUUGUCUGCGAAAAGGAUGGCGUCCUCGGUAUCCGCGCCAAGUUCAACAAGCGCUACAUUACGCUCGCGCCCGUUGCGACGUGCGUCGGUCUGGCGAUCGAUGUCACGGAUCCCGACAACCUCUUGAAGGGCACGGGCUCGGCCGGCAUCACGGUCGCCCUCCUUGAGCGCAACCACGAAGGUCUCCAGAUGGGCCGCCGCCACGACACGCUCUCGGUGCCGUUCAUGAACGGUACGGUCCAGGGCGAAGACGUCUUCAUCCCCAUGUCCAAGAUCAUUGGUGGCCAGACGCGCGUCGGCUUUGGCUGGAACAUGCUCAUGGACUGCCUUGCCGAGGGUCGCUCGAUCUCGCUCCCGGCGUCGGCUGUCGCUGGCACCAAGCUCUCGGCCGUCGCCGCCACGGGCUACGCGCGCAUCCGCAAGCAGUUCAAGGUCCCCGUCGCGACGAUGGAGGGUGUCCAGGAGCACCUUGCCUCGAUUGGUAGCAACGCGCUCAUCAACAUUGCCGGCCAGCACUUGGUCAACGGCAUGAUCAACCAGCACGAGCAGCCGGCCGUCAUCUCGGGCGUCUGCAAGCAGCAGAUCACGGCCCGCGGCCGCGACGCGGUCACCCAGGCCAUGGACGUGCUUGGUGGCGCCGGUAUCUGCCGUGGCCCGAGCAACUUCUUGGCCAACACGUACAUUAGCAUGCCGGUGGCGAUCACGGUCGAGGGCGCCAACACGCUGACGCGGUCGCUCAUCAUUUACGGCCAGGGCCUCACGCGCGCGCACCCGCACUUGUACCCGCUCAUCAAGACGCUUCAGGACGGCAACGACCUUGCGGGCUUCAAGACGCACGUCAACGCGCUCAUUGGCCAUGGUGUCUCGAACACGGCGGCGUCGCUUACGCGCGCGGCCACGCGCUCGCGCUCCAAGUCGGACCUCCUCGGCCACUACGAGUCGCAGAUGAGCCGCCUCGCCGCCAACUUUGCCGUCAUGUCGGACAUGGCGCUCGUCCUCGGCGGCAAGCUCAAGUUUGCCGAGAUGAUUUCGGGCCGCUUUGCCGACGCCUUCUCGAGCCUGUACCUCGGCUACUCGACGCUGUGGUUCUACCAGCAGAACAAGCACGUCCAGGGCAUUGACCCGGUGUUUGAUUACGCCAUGACGUCGCUCUGCUACGAAGCGCAGACGGCCCUGUACGGCAUUCAGGACAACUUCCCGGUGCCCGGCAUUGGUGGUGCCAUGCGCGCGGUCACGUUCCCGUUUGGCCAGUCGUACGCGCCGCCGUCGGACGCGCAGGUUCGCAAGGUCGCCGACCUCGUUUCGAGCGACAGCGGUAUCCGCGACCUCUUUGCCGAGAGCAUGUUCAUCUCGAAGGACCCGGAGGACCGCAUCGCUCUCAUCCACGCGACGCUCCCCAAGGCCAUCAAGGCCGACGCGGUCCUCGCGACGCUCCGCAAGGAGAAGCGGUCGGCGACGGCUGCCGAGCAGGCGCUCAUCGACGAAGUCGAGGCUGCCCGCGAGAAGAUCAUCCAGGUCGACGCGUUCGAUGGCCUUGGCAAGGAGAUUGGCGCGCCCGCCGACUAUGUCCGCCCCGGCUUCACCGGCAACAUCUUUGGCUUGACCAAGUAAACAGCUAGCUAGUGGUAGUAAAUCAACAUUGGUUUCUUAUAUUUACACUCGAA